AAAACAUGCAGUCCGGCUCCCGCCCUGCGUCGACAUCGACCCGCCCCGCCCUGUCGCCCCUCCCGCGCCCGACGCAGCACGUCAACACUCAGACAAAGCUCCUCGACGCCGUCCAUGGCAGGCUCCUCUGCGUCGCCGACAUCCGCGGCCGCCUCUCCGCCUUGAACGACCUCGCGCGCGAGGUCAACGCCAGUGCCAUCAUCCACACCGGCGACUUUGGUUUCUUUGAGGCGUCCAGUCUCGACAGAAUCAACGACAGGACGCUCCGCCACCUCACCAUGUACUCGCCGCUCAUCCCGCAGGCCCAGCGCACCCACCUCCUCGAACCCCAAAACCCGCCCGCCCACAUCCGCCAGACCGUCAACGUCUCCAUGCUCUCCGAGUUCCCCCUCCUCCUCUCCGGCCAGAUCAAGCUCGCCGUCCCCGUCUACACCGUCUGGGGCGCCUGCGAGGACGUCCUCGUCCUCGAAAAGUUCCGCACCGGCUCCUACGCCAUCGACAACCUCCACGUCAUCGACGAGGCCACCACCCGCUGCCUCGACGUCGGCGGCGUCAAGCUCCGCCUCCUCGGCCUCGGCGGCGCCCUCGUCCCCCACAAGAUGUUCGACAACGGCGACGGCAGCGCCACCAUCGCCGGCGGCCAGGGCACCAUGUGGACCACCGCCCUCCAGAUGGGUGAACUUGUCGACACCGCACAGCGCGUCUUUGACCAGACCGAGACGCGCGUCCUCGUCACCCACGCCAGCCCCGGCCGCGAGGGCAUCAUCAACCAGCUCGCCCUCGUCCUCAAGGCCGACCUCACCAUCUCCGCCGGCCUCCACUUUCGCUACGCGACUUCCUACAACGAAUUCAGCGUCCAGGGCGACUACGAGGGCUACCGCCACAAGCUCCUCGUCGGCAAGGACGCGUUCGACAAGGUCUGGGAGAGCGUCAAGGGCCAGGUCGACAUUGUCAUUGACGACAACCAGCGUGUGCUCUUGGACAAGUUCCUGUCCGUCGUCGAGCGCAUCCCGCCGCCGUCCGGCCAGACCGCCCCCACGGGCGCGCCCAUCCCCGAGGAGCCGGCAUGGAAGAACUGCUGGAACUGGAACCUGUGCGACGCCGCGUACGGCUCGCUCGUGCUCGACGUCAAAGAAGGCCGGGUGAGCGCCGAGAUCAAGAGCCAAGGCUUCAACUACGCGUACCGCCGCACGCCCAUCGCCGCCCCCGCGUCCGGCGGCACGCCCAACCCGCCCACGAAAACCUCCACGCCCGCGCCGCCCGCGGACAAGCCCGCGCCCCCGCACCUGGCCAAGUCCGCCGGCUCGACGCCGCUCCCGCGCUCGGGCAAGGACACGCCCGGCGACGGCGCGGAGAGCCCCGCGCGCGCAAACGGCGCGAGCACGCCGGGGGGGCUGACGCCUGCGGAGAAGGCGGAGCGGAAGAAGGAGAAGAAGAAGGAGAGGAAGGAGCGGGAGCGCGCGGAGCGCGAGGCUCGUGAAAAGGAUGGUCACGUCGCGGAGGGCGAGAAGAAGGAGGGCGGUGAGGAGCCCAAGGCGGGCUCGGGGAAGGCGACGCCGAGUGUGGACGUGCCCGAGGCGUCCGCGUCGACGUCGGAUGCGCCGAAGGAAGCGGACAGGGUGAUGUCGCCCGCGACUGACAGCGCGGGCGGGCGCACGCCGACGAGCAAGCGCCCCCCGCGCAACCCGUGGACGCUCUUCGUGCGCUCCUCGACACCCGCGAACGAGGGCGAGCUCAGGGAGUUCUUUGGCGAGGCCGCCUCUGGGAUAAUUCGCGUGAACUACCCGACUAGUUUUUCGGGAAGGAGCCAGAAGACUGCGUUUGUCGAGUUUGGGGACGAGGAGGCGAUGAAGGCGGGGCUGGAAAAGCACGCAGAAAAACUGAAGGACACUGUCCCGGAAGUCAAGCAAGCACAGGAUCGCGAGCCGCGCGAGAACGGGCCCUUCAGAGGCGGGCGGGGAGGCCGCGGUCGCGGUGGGUUCGCCGCGCGGGGCCUCUCACAGGCAGGGCUGACAAGAGGCGGGGCGCCGCAUAUGAGCGGUGACAGAAAAACCAACGGAGACGCGCCCAGUGGUUCCGCGAACAAGGGCGGCGAGGGUGCGUAA